AGGAUUCUUGGUUUGAUGGUUUUGCCGUUAAAUGGACAGUAUCAUGAGGAGACUUUUGGAUUAAGAUGAAGUUUUAUGUAAGUAUUAGACGGUGCUUUUGGCUGCGAUGGAUAGAUCCUUUUCGUCACCUUGUUCACCUUGUUUCUCCAAAGAAGUUCAAGUUUUCACUUCACUAGGUGGACUAGUUUACGUACUAGAAGAACCUCGAAGUAGUGGCAUUCCUUGGAGACGAUUAUUUUCAUUUACUUGGCAGAUAAGACAGGAUACCAGGAGCAUUAGCGCGUUAAGCGUGCUCGGUUUACAACUCAGUUGAGUUUGUGCUCCGCAUGCGGCAUGAUUUCCAUAUAUUAUAUAUUAUAAGAUCCAAAGCACCUUUUCCGAAUAAGAAUAAAAGCCGAGGCCUUUGGUCUAAAACUGAUAGAGGAGAUCUUCAAACCAUAACCAUGAGGGCCCCACCCGUAUCUCCAGGCGCAGAGAUUUUCGUGUGUCAGGCGGGCAGCUGUAGUCAAGCCGGUUCAGCAGCUACGUUGGUUGAAAUCGAGGAGUUGGUAAGCGCGUCACGGUCAGUGUGUGCAUUGAAUCAGGGUGGAAGCAGCAAAAGCAACAAGGCAAACUCGCCACCAGGAGGUCUUCCGUCAGUGUGUGAAGGUACGACAGCAGCUUCCUCUUCGUCCACGUCGCCUUCCUCCUUGGACGCAGCGUCGUUUGGUGGAGACAAUGUCGGAAGUGAAGAUACGGUAGUACGGCCAAGCGGUUGUUUAGGGUUGUGUCGGCAAGCGCCGGGAGUGAUGGUGCUGCGAGAGAACCGGCGUGAAUCGGCGUUCAUGCGCGUGCGGGAUGUCGAAAGCAGUGCCCGGGUAGUGGAAUACGCCACGGGCGUUCCGGCAACGUCGCUGCUGAAGGCGCAGGCGCCCGGUGCGAAACAGCGACUGAUGGAUGUGCGGUUAGCACGGGCGCGACAACACGCCACGAAAGUGUUUAAGUGGAAUGCAGCGUUAAAGGGCAUGGGGGAACAGUUUGAGACGACCGGCAAAAAUGCUCACCAAGACCCGAAGAAAUUUGGCCAGCUAGCCAUGGAAUACGGCAUUAUCCUUUCAAAUGCAGGCCUGUGGGAAGAAUCUGCGACAGUUCUCAGUCGAGCAGCUGAAAGACUCGCUUCGGAUGAGGAAAAGAAAGCUGCUCCACCGACUUCUAGCAUUAAUCACUCCCAUAAAUCUUCAACAUCGGAUAAAAAUAAUACUACAGGCACAGAAAGUUCUGAGCAAGACGGAGACGAUGACACCACCGAAUCGUCUGAUAGUUCGCCUUCGAACAUGCUUUUUAGGAGUAGAAGGAAUUUUGUGCUCCCAAACAACAGUCCCGGAACCCGGAAUGCAUUCGCCCAACUAGCGGCUCCGGGUCGAUUUCCCGGUAUGCUGAACAUGAGCUCGCGUACGAAAGCGGCACGAGACGACGGGUUUGCGAUUCGACAGUACGCAGCAAAUUUGAGGGAACGCUUCGAGCAAGUUCAAAAUCUUUUGCUGAAAAAAGUUGCAGUGCUUUGCAAGCACGACCAGCGAACUGCUCUAGAAGCAAUGCAAGCGGAACUAGAGAAAGCUUUAGGACUUGACGACACGACUGACGACGAGGAGGGAUUUUCAUCUGCUGAGGAGGAAGCUCCUGGUCCUGGCUGUGGUGAAAAAGCUAACAAAGCAAGGAGACCUACUAGCACAAAGACUGGAGAUAGGAAAGGCGGUGGUGAAGGUGCGCAAGUUGCCGCACCACAAAAGGCGGCAAAACAACAGCAAAAAUGUGCCGAAGAAGUGAAAGAGGAUUCUUUGAGAAAUUCUGUGAAGGGCGUCAUGGCCACUCCGGCAGCCAUAGGAAUGUUGGGAGAGCGGGAGAAUCGCGUAGUCUUGGCUGUGAUCACCGGAAGCAUAGCAAAAGUCCCACUGCCGCCAACAGAUGAGGUAAACAAAAAAGCUGACACCUCCAGUUCAACAACUUUGUCAUUGCGGAGACAGCUUUUCCCUUUCCCGGAGGCAAUAGAUAAGUACACGAAGUGGAAGCUGACGAGCGUACGACCAGUUUCCGCACACAGCGCAGUGUUUCGUUUCGUGUCGAGCGAUCGUCUACGCGGAACUCCGCAUCCACGAGGAAGGGGCAAAACUGCGGUCCCGAACACGUGGCAUGUCACUCUCAUCGCUCCGGCAGCUUGGUCACCGACAUCAGAAGGAGGAUUUGUUUCAUCUGUGGAAGAUAGAAAAGCAUCGUCUACCUCCACGGAUGAAAACGAGGAUGGAGUUGAUGAGGGUCCAUUGCCCUGGGUAGAGCGGGACUAUACACCUGUGAGCACGGCAGGUGAGUGGGAGCGUGGUGUCUGCGAGAUGCUAAUCAAGGUUUACAAAGACGGGCGAGGGACAUCAUGGCUGCACACGAUAUCACACGCGCAGUCAGUGGAACAAAAGGCAUGUGCGGAAGAUCGUGUACCCCAUCUUCAGCAAUUCUUGUUUCAACAAAAUCGCAUCAGCAAGUCAGAAAACGGUCUUCAUCACGAUGAUAAGAAUCAGUUUUCAACCGAGCGAUUCCGAGACGCUUUCGCAGCAGAAGUUCCGAUUGAAGUGUGGCUGUCGCACCCCGUUCCGACUCUCCAAGUACCACAGCUCGUCACUCCAGGCAACGAAGAUUCAUCCGGCAACGGUAAGCCUCCUGCGAGUGUGCUUCUAGUUCUCGGUGGGACGGGCGUUGUCGCGGCACCACAGAUUUUGGCAUUCCGUGAUCCUACGACGAAACUAUGCAUUGCAACUCGGAAAGUGGACCAGCUGCGAGUACCUGUGGACCUGGUGUUGUCCUGCAGAAAGGAUGACAUUCUGAUGCUUCCGGAGGUUAUAGCAUGGUGUCGGGAAGGAGCAGGAUUACCCGAUCCAGAAGCGAGUUCUUCAACCAGUAACAAUCGGCGAGCGAAUGAUGAACCGGUUGGCACACGGGGACUUCGUAGCUGUGUCCUGCAUAUCACCAAGGAAGCGGCUUCGGCUCCGACUUGUGUGAAUACCAAUACGGAAGGAACCGAGAACACUAACUCCACAACCAUCAACUACAGCAGGCCUUUUUCGCGAUCAGAAAGCGAUGCCGAAGAAGUAGAACGGCAAUUGUCUGUCUUUCAGGAGCUUCCGAACGCACGUGUGGUGGAGUGGCGACUUGACCAAAAAACAAUCAAGCAGGCUGUCAAACGGAUGCCUCAGCCGUGUCGAGUGGUUGUCUCCGGACCCACAGAAUUCAACGCCGCAGCGCGGAGAAUGCUUUUAGAUACAGGCAUGCUGAAGGAGGACGCGCUCACUAUCCUCACAGCAUGAGUUUUUGUUGUGGGUGCGUAACUGGGAGUUGUUGACUCGUUGACAGCUUGACAUAAUUUAACAUAUCAUGAGUGGUAGGCUAUGACUCCGUGUCACUGUUGCCUUGUCGUUGAUGCCAGACUCUAGUUAUUUUCAGGUGGACGAAAGCAUCCAGCACUGGCGUCGACGAAAUCGUGAGUGGUGUGCAAAUGAAACAUUCUAUUUUACCUGAGUGGUAUGUUACUUGAACGUAGGGCUAUCCUUAUACUAUAGAUACAUAGUAAAUAAUCCUAUCCAUCGACGAUUUCUCGAAAUGCUAUCGCGGUACUUUGACGUUUCAACUUGAGUGGUAGUUUCAUAGGAAAUGAACCCCGCUAGUAGACCUCGACGACAUGAAAAACAAAAAUGCCGACGACACUUAACACACUUAUAAUAUAUAUUCUUGAUUAUAGGAAUUUUCAGUAUAAUCGACCAGUACACAGGCCAAGUUGAUCGUAGUGAGUCAUGAGCCAAGGAUGUUUUGUCUCUGGUGUCUCAGUUUCGAACUUCUCCAGGCUAUUUAAUGAAGAACAAAACUUAAACUAGUCGCCGACGUUUCUCUGGCACAGUGAAAUAACAAUUCGACACCCCUUUCCAACUUCGCCCGAUCUAGCAGUUUUUUGGAUCCUAAAUCGCUGAAAACAAAGUGGAAAGAAAAUAGAUUUCAACACACUGGUCG